AUGCGAGCGCUAGCUCGCGGAAGAACGAAAUCGGACGCCGGAUAUUGGACGCUGGCUGGUGGCAAGGCAGGAAAAGACAGCGGUAAAGCCAAGGCCAAAGCGGUGUCCCGUUCACAGAGGGCCGGUUUGCAGUUCCCAGUCGGACGUAUCCACCGACACUUGAAGACCCGCACCACCAGCCACGGUCGCGUCGGAGCCACCGCCGCCGUGUACAGCGCCGCCAUUUUAGAAUACCUCACAGCUGAAGUCUUGGAGUUGGCGGGCAACGCGUCCAAAGACUUGAAGGUGAAGCGCAUCACUCCUCGCCACCUGCAGCUCGCCAUCCGCGGAGAUGAGGAGUUGGACUCGCUCAUCAAGGCCACCAUUGCCGGCGGAGGCGUCAUCCCCCACAUCCACAAAUCCCUCAUCGGAAAGAAGGGCCAGCAGAAGACCGUGUAG